ACAGUGCACAGCCUAGCAGUGCCCCGCGCGUCCCACACCAUCUCACACACACACGCACACUCUCUCUCUCUCUCCCUCUCUCUUCCUCCCGCUGUGUGUACUCGACGUGUGUGUAUAACCUGUGUGCGUGUAUACGUCUAUGCGUGGUUUGGCUAUGCUACUACACCAGUCUGUGUUGUGAUUUUGUACGCACCAUCAUUGUUUUCAACUUGUUGAAGAUUUUUCUUGGAAAGGUUAAGUUCAAGACAUCUUAGUCUAGAUUACCUGACUUGAAUAUCAAAAGGUGUUCUGUCGUAGACGUUCAGAAUUGAUGUAUGUCGAGGCUGGGUAUCGUAGAUAAUCCGCAGAUCUUGGAUAUCGUGAGCUGAGGCUGCUCCUCGCUCUGGCCCAACUGCAAGCUGGUCCGCCCUUCCAGAAAACCCGUUGCGACGGAUCCAUCAGCCGCUCCAGCGUCUUCCUCGAAAGACCGGCAAGUGUGGUGAGCGCUGAGUGAGUGCCGUGUGGCUGGUGCUGCUCGCUCACGGGAUCACCAAGAACUGGUGGCUGCUGAGGUCACUCAGCGGACCAACUUGUGGUUCUCUCCCAGAACCUCACCUUCCCCUCUACUUCCCCCUCCCCUGUAGUGAACGUAAUUGGAAAAGGAUCCUAGUUUUAGAUAUCGCGAGAGCUUCCUGUUUCAGAGUUCCCUGUUAACUUCACGAUUGUGUUCAAUAUUGUUCAAUUGAGAGUUAGCUCAGGGCACCUGAGUCCGGUGUGCGAGAUAGCACCGUCAAGUGUCCAGUGUCACCCCCUUCCCUUAAGUUCUGUGCCAGUUUACUUGCGUCGGAUAUAAACAUUAGUAAGAAUCUAUUAUUCUAAGCUCUCAUUCAAUCUUUGAAAAUUGGUAUCUCGUUAUAAAACUAGUCAUCCAACGGCACGAUGCUGAUCAACAUGGCCGCGUACCACAAUGCCCUCAUCGACACUUCGUACCCUCCCCACCACCUGCCCGCUAUCAACGGCGUGGGUGUGAACGGCGUGUCUGCCGCUCACCUCAAUGGCCACGCUGCCGGGCCGAUGAGCCAUUCCGGAAGUCCCGGAAGCAGCCACCAGCCUGGCAGCGGGCACCAGCAUCCAGGGCAGCAGCAGUCACAGCAGCAGCACCACCAUCAGCAGUUAGUGGCUUCCCUUAGCCACCCGGGUCACCAACACCACGCUGCCUCACCCCCACAUAAAGAACACGACGCGAUCAAGCUCUUCAUUGGCCAGAUCCCCAGGCACAUGGAGGAGAAGGAUCUGCGUCCACUCUUUGACGAAUUCGGCAAGAUCUACGAGUUUACUGUGCUCAAGGACAAGCUCACCGGCAUGCAUAAAGGAUGUGCUUUCCUCACCUACUCUACCCGGGAGGCUGCCCUCAACGCACAGAACGCACUCCAUGAGAAACGCACACUUCCAGGGUUGGUGUCGUGGCUUAAUUUCUAG